GAGCGGCGGCUGCAGCGGCCCUAGGCCGGGCGAGGCAGCCCCGGAAAGGGCCUGAGGGAAACGGGCUGGGGCUCCGGGAAGGGACCGCUGACUGGCAGGUUCCCGCGAAAUGCCGCGUCCAAGCUCUCCGCGCACGGAAUGGCCGGAGAGGUCUGAUGGUGGGCACCGGGACUGCCCUCAGCGAGAUGAGGAACCUGGGGCCAUGAGAAGUGAAAUGAUGAGUUAUCCAAGUCACACAGCUAAUUAAGUAGCAGAGCUGGGAUUAGAACUCAGGUUUCCUGCCUCCCAAGAUUGUUAAAAUGAGUCUUCGGAAGCAAACCCCUAGUGACUUCUUAAAGCAAAUCAUCGGACGACCGGUUGUGGUAAAAUUAAAUUCUGGAGUGGAUUAUCGAGGGGUCCUGGCUUGCCUGGAUGGCUACAUGAAUAUAGCCCUGGAGCAGACAGAAGAAUAUGUAAAUGGACAACUGAAGAAUAAGUAUGGGGAUGCAUUUAUCCGAGGAAACAAUGUGUUGUACAUCAGUACACAGAAGAGACGGAUGUGAAGACACCAAAAGAGCAACGCUUUUCAUAGUUGGAUAUAUUUUUUUAUGAAUUUUUUCUAAUUUUUCCUUCUUUUGUGAUACAAUUUGUCCUGUUUUUAUAAUAGUUGGUGAUUUUUCACUGACAUAUACGACAAAUGUACACAAUUGUGGAUUUAAUUGUGAAAUGUUCUGUCACAUUUAAGUUUCAGUCAUUAUACCUCGUUGUCAGUGUACAGAAUGCUAAAAGAAUAAAAAAAAGACAAAAUAUAUCUCUUCCUACAAGAUUCUUUAACUUAAGUUUCGAGGAGCGUCAUUGCAUUUGACUUGCUUUUCAUAUCCAGCUAAAGUGAUGCAAAUAUUUUAUAUAAUGUAUGGGCAUAUAAUUAAAACAUUUUAGAGGUAUC